UUAGAAAACUGAUAAGUGAAAGUUGAGAAUGGAUAGAUGCAGAAGAAAACUCACAGAAAAAGGAUGAAAACGUAAGAGGCUGUGCAGAAGGAGAGAAGGAGAAGGUUGAUCUUACCAAGAAUUACUAAAGAAUGAGAAAAAGUGAUUGUGAAUCAAUUUCAAACAAUGCCGCGUCUUCUCAUAAAAAGACAAUUCUGUUGAAGAAAACAAAGACUAGGUUUGACUAAAUUGUUAAAAUGUUGGAGAUAUUUCGGGAGCUUCGUGGCCUGCUCCACGUCUCCCAUGUUCACAUUGACAGCUGGGUGUUCCGUCUUCACUAUAGUGUGACGACGACCUGUAUGUUUGCGUUCUCUCUCAUAGUCUCCGCCAAGCAGUAUGUUGGUAAUCCCAUAGACUGUAUACACACAAAGGAUAUACCAGAGGAUGUAUUAAACACCUACUGCUGGAUACACUCUACCUAUACGAUCCCGAGUGCCUUCUGGAAACGGAUAGGGUUCGAUGUAGCUCAUCCGGGGGUAGAUAAAACACAGGAUCCGUUGGAGAGAAGAUAUCACAAGUAUUACCAAUGGGUCUGUUUCUGCUUAUUCUUUCAGGCGAUAUUAUUCUAUAUUCCUCGCUGGUUGUGGAAGAACUGGGAGGCUGGUAAGGUAUCUGCUCUAAGGAUGGAUUUAAACCUGGGAAUUAUCUCAGACGUGGAGAAAAAGCUAAAGAAGAAACUGUUAAUAGAUUAUCUUUACUCCAACCUCAAACAUCACAACUUUUGGGCAUAUCGAUACUUCUUCUGCGAGUUCCUAGCUUUACUUAAUGUAUCAGGACAAAUGUUUCUCCUGGACAGGUUCUUUGAUGGAACCUUCUUCACCUACGGGAUUGAAGUGAUGUCCUUCGCAGACAGAGAUCAAGAGGAUCGGAUAGAUCCUAUGAUCUAUGUUUUCCCCAGUGAAUGAGAAGAUCUACAUAUUUAUCUGGUUCUGGUUGCUUAUCCUCGGGUUCUGCACCACCCUCGUCAUCAUCUACAGGAUUGUGAUCGUCUUCAGUCCAUACGUUCGAGCCUUCGUUCUUAGAGUCAGAUACAGACGAGUGAAGAAGGAAUGUAUUGACACUAUUGUCGGGAAGAGUUAUGUUGGAGACUGGUUUCUCUUCUAUCUACUUGGACAGAAUAUAGACUCAGUAAUAUUUAAGGAUGUUGUACAUGAGCUAGCCAAGAAGCUUGGAUACCGAUCAAGAGAUAUAGGAGAAACCUGACUGAAGGAAGAAAGAAGUAACGGAACCCCGGAUAUAUUAAAGAACGGCACUGCCUUCUAAUCUAGGUUAAACUUGAAUCUCCUGUGCUCCUAAAUUAUACAAAAGAAAAAAAGAAAAAAUGAAAAUUAUAAAUAUUUUGCUUAUUUUAAUUUACAUAUUUUGAGGCAUUUUGAGCUAGAUAUUUCCGUCUACCUCCCCCCCUCCCCUCCCUCUAGAUCUAUAGAAAAACAUGAUUUAGAACUAUUUAUGCUUCCAUUCUUUUGCCAAUAUUUUAAUAUUUGACCUACUUUGUGAUAAGAAAAUAAAAAAAAUAUAUCUUAAUAACUUUUAAUAAGCUCAUGGGUCGGGAGAAAUCUUAAUUUUAUUAAUAAAAAAUAACCCUUAAAUCAACCCCCAGUAUUUUCCCAGUUUGUUAGUUAUUGAUCAAGGUGUGUAUAGUGAAGGUGAGGAGGUAUUGAUCAAGGUGUGUAUAGUGAUGGUGAGGAGGGCAGAGCAAUCAAACAAACAGCUGAGUUUAAACCCAGCAUUAACACUAUUUACAAACUGUUGUUUCUUUUUACAAAAUCUACUGUGGUAGGCGAUUAUAUCAAUGCAAUGAAGACGACUUUUAUAUUUAAGUUUUGAUUGUUAACAAGCUUAAUUCGAAUUGAAAGUUAACAAGUAACGAAAAAGAAACUUUUCAAAUUAACAACUUCUAUUUGUUUCCAUGUUCAUGUGUAUCUUUGCUGUUUCAAAGCUUGAUAUAACUCAAAAUUUGAAUGAAAAGUCGUCUUCAUUGUAUUGAUAUAUUUGACUUAACGACGACUGUAGUUCAUAAGUUAUACGUCACAGUAACCCCUAUCCUUCCUACCUUUAGUACACACACCUUGGUAUUGAUUAUAUAAUAGUUGCAUCAGAUAUGUGCUUCCUUGUUAUCCAUGUUUUAUAGCUUUCUUUAACAAUUUAUCAGACCUGUAGUCUCCUAUGUACACUGUACAGCGUGCAAUGUUGUACACUUAUUAUUGUACAUUUUAUUUUACUGCGUAAAAAAUAAUGAAACUGUGCUUUUAAAUAUCAAUAACAAAUGGAUGAGGUUCUAACUUUUUAAUUGUGGCGUAAUAGGACAGUUCAGUAACUCUGUCUACAAAAAAUACAGUUUAUCAGCUGUUCUAAACUGUCAUAAAAAAUACGUACGAACCCCCCCCCCCUUAUUUUCUCUCUACUCAUUGAAUGAAAAGCAAACCAAGCCGUGUCAGCAUUAAAAAGUAUUCUGCUGAGUAUGAAUAAAACUGCCGUAUCACAAAUAGAAAACAUUAGCUGCACCCUUCAUGCAUAAAAUGUGUAUAUUAUUAUUGUAAAUGUACGCAUAACAAUUAAUGUAGAGAAUAAUAGUUUUUAAAACCUGAAA